AUGGUCAAGUUGUCUCUCCUCCAGGCGCUUUACGGCGUGGCAGUGACGGCCAAUGCAGCCAUAUUUGCAGGUCUUCAGGAGCUCAUUCCCACGGUGUCCACUGUCCUGUCCGCCCCAUUGCCAGAUCCUACCUCCAUGAUCCCAUUCCAGAACGCCACCUUGGCCACACGACAGACAUCAGACGAUCCCUACUGCCCCGAGGGGCUCAUUUGCGACCUGGAACGCUGUUCUUCGGAAUGUCCUGAAGGCCAAUAUUGCUUGGCCGUUGGGGAGAAUGCUGAUUACUGUAUUUCGGAGGCAGCAACCUUCUGCAGAUUUGACCCUACGACGCGCACGGCUUGGGGAUGUUCUCGAUCAGGCGUCGAGUGCUGCUCAACAAGCACCAUAACAAGCACCACAACAAGCACCAUAACAAGCACCACAACAAGCACCACAACAAGCACCACAACAAGCACCACAACAAGCACCACAACAAGCACCACAACAAGCACCACAACAAGUAUCACCACAAGUAUCCCCAGUACUACGGUGCCAAGUACAACCGCGACGACCUCAACAUCAACGACAACGACAACCCCACCCACCCCGACCAUCAUCCCCGGAGUCGGAACAUUCGUGUAUAGGAGCUGUCUGGUCGACAUCUGGGACGCACGGGUCUUGGUUGCCGACUCCGAUGACUCCCAGAGCAUGAGCGUGCAACGAUGCGUCGAGGUCGCGCAAGCCGGCUACUGGCGAUACGCAGGUGUCGAAUUCGGCACGCAAUGCUACGUCGGAAACACACUCCAUGGCCCUGAUCAGUUCCCGGACAGCGACUGCUCGCAAGCCUGUGCCGGCGACGGUACACAAGCCUGCGGUGAGGCAGGCCGAAUCCAGGUCUACGAAGAUCUUACCUGGAAGAAUCCGACAAUCGAUGAACUGGCCGCGGCCGUGGAGCGGUACAACGCUACCAUGGAGGAUGCGCGGGCAGUGAUUGCCAGCUACCAAGGACAUGUCAACGAGCUUGAAGAACUCCUCCAGUCUCAGUCUUCUCGCAAACGGCAAGCGCAGCAACUUGAGGAACUCGAAAUGAAAGUCAGGAAAGACUACAGUGACGUGGAAGCCGUCCGGGCCCGGGAAGAGAGUGACCGGGAGGCCGGAAAUGAGGCCCUAACUCAUAGCCUCCAACGGGACACACUCGGGACGGCCAACACGCCAGCACCACUGCCCGAAGAUCUCUUCGAAGAGUGGGGCAUCACGGGCGAGAAUUUGAGUCGAUACCUUGGUCAAAUUCGAACCCGAAUCUCUGGGUGGCUGGAUGAAUUCCAACGCGCGCAGCAGGCCGGCAGUUCCCCACAGAUUGAUACUGCGGCGGCAGCUGCCGAAGUAGAAGUAGCGCUGCAAGCGAUUGGGACUGCUUUCACGGUGGCGCUUACCACUGGCUUCUUCCUUGUCCUGGAUAGUAUUGUUUCCUUCUUCAAGGGACUCUUCUCUGGUGGGGGUGAUGGGGAUGGUGGGGAGCAGACCAGCACAACUACCACAACAGGUCCGACCAAGACGACCUCCACAACGACAACUACGACAUCGACGUGCACUGCAACUGCCACAACCACCCCGGUUGCCAUCUUCGCUGCUUCAGGCGCCAGCACUGAUGAUUUCAAUGCGUUGAUCGACACUCUGCCUGACGACCCGGGGAGUCUCACCCUCACCGAGUCCUGGAUGCCAACUUACCUCUACACGGGAUAUGUGGACGGAUGUUCCCUCGAGAAGCUGGCCAAGGACCCGAUCGUCUCGUCUUGGCUUAUCACCCAGGGCUCGCAGGCUAUCUGGCAAUUUGACCGCGAAGGAAGUCUGAGUUGUACGUUUUCAUCUACCUAG